AUGUGGGAUAUGUAUCGAAGCAUCACCAAGCAGUUCUUUCGUAAGGCUGAUGGUGUGGUUGUGAUGUAUGAUAUCACUACCGAGGAGAGUUUCACAGCUGUAAGACAGUGGCUCACUAGUGUUAAGGACUGCCAGAUGACGUUCUAUGAGUGCAGCGCCUGCUCUGGAUACAAUGUCGUGGAGUCCAUGGUUCAUUUAGCCAGAAUUCUAAAAGAGCAAGAAGACCAAGAAAAGGAGAAGACUGUCCAUCUCGUCAGUAUCCACUCAGAGAAGAAGAGAUCCUGCUGCUGACAGAUAAGCAGUUGACACUUACACAGAAGCACUACCCUUUACGUAGAUACACAUUGUAAAAGUGUGAUCACAUGUGCAAGCGAGAACAUAUCGUGCUGAUUGUCAUCACAGAAUUUUUUACUCUUUGCAUUAAAAGCUCUCUGUUAUAAAUGUGUGAUUUGCCAAACUAGUGACAGUUUAAAAACCACUUAUUCACGAGGAUGAAGUAAAACACGAGUCAUAGCUAGUAUGUGGAUUUCCCUCCGAGGGUCAGAUGUAAAUAUCACUGAACAAAUGUUAAGCCAAGUUCACUCUUUUUCAAGUCAAACUAGAACAUUUUUAAUGAAGGAUACUUGCAGUUGAAUGUAACUCACACAUUUCAAAUAUUUAAUAAUCUUCCAAAGGCUUCAUAGUAUUCAAAUGUGGAGUUUUUACUUUUAAUAUAUGAAUUCAGUGUUUAAAUGUUUCGCCUUUAUGUCUUUUUCACACAUUUAAGGUGGACUUAAUAGUGUGAAUAACUGUAGUGUAUGACUCAUUGUCCAGCAACAUUGCAUUUAACACUACUUUUGAAAAGUCUUUGGUGUUCAGUUUUUGAUCGCUUUUUAAGUUCGUGGUUAGUCUUUGGACCAAGAUUCAUUGUGGUGUUAAAUAACAUUUCGGGGUAUUAUGGUUGCUUCAGUUGGUGAACUGCAGUUAUAUCUUUUUAAUGAACAAACAAAAAAUAUUGUUUAGUAUUUGUCCCACAGCUGUUAUUGUUGAUGUUAUUUUAUAUUAUAGGUGUUGUUAUAGCAGUACUGCAAGUUACUAGGUUACCUGUGUAUUAACAUGAGAACUCCUCUCAGCUUUAUUUUGAAAGACACACCCUCAUUCCCAAGAGACCAGACAGUUGACAAAUAUUUAUUCAACUUUUCACUUUACUAUGUUUGGUGCCAAGUAUUUAUGAAAAUGAUAUCCCUGUAACUUGAUAUGUAAUUUGUAACAAUGUGGUUUUGGUAAAAAAAAACUUAUUCUCACUAACAGUGAAUCACUACUGCCAGGAUCUUGCACAUUACUCUAAUGUAGACAUACAUAUGUAUAUAAAAAAUGGAAAUGAAGACAAAUUAAUAAUAGCUAUAUGUACAGUUUAUGUGAAAAGCACAGGAGGACUUUUUGUUUCCUUCCUGGCACCAUGAAAUAAAAAUGUAUUGUACAGCAUCACCUGGUGGAUAUGUUUGGACAUUGCAGUUUAUUGAGUUUUCAAACUUACAGUACAUGACAAUAUGUGAAACAAUAUAUUCAACUAGAAAAGUAAUACAUGUGCAAUCAGCAUGCUGAUUUAAUAGAAUUUUUAUAACUUGUUCCGUCGCCAUGUUUGUGUUCAAUGAGUCGGAUGUUUCUCUGAAUAUGUUUUCUUUCUGAAUCUAAAGGUGCUCUUUCUAUGAUUGUAAUUAACUGUAAGCAUAAAUGACUUGUGAUAUUG